CACGGCUGACUGUUACGACAUGUCUUCCAUUCAUAAAUAGGGAAGCACUUGUGCGAGGGGCCAUCUUGACUACGUAGCCAAUCAAGUAUCUCUUUACUUUGAUGUUUUCAACAAUAAAAUUUCAUUUUAAUUUGAAACUAGUGCACAGCUGAUCAGUGGUCUCAACGGACGGCCGCCGCUUGUUCGUGCUUUGAAAUCUUGGAUAACGACUGAAAAGUUACUGUUAUCCAUAUGACUGCGUGGUGCCAAUUGGAAUUUCCAUCUUUAAUACGUGGAUAAAGUUGCGGCAUUCACCAAGUGUCUGUAUCAAGUGUCCAAAGUGAACGGUUGCUGUUGCUCGUUCGUUCGACAUUUCCAAUGGUUGCCGUCCGUUUCAGAUGGCUUGACGAUCGACGGAGAGAGAAUUUCUUGAAAAAACACGAGUCAGAUGAAAAACGCGUCGAUCACCAGUCGUCGGUGUUACGACUAUCGGAAACGAUCGUUGCGAUCUAGAAGAAGUCGACUUUUGCUAACCGAUGACGGGAAAUUGGCUGACCCAGGUGUGCGUGUGUGCGUUGCAGAACAGCCACGAUCGGGAGACAUGCGCGAGAAGCCUUCGUGCCACCCAAGAGUCACGACAGUCUCCGGGCGCGUUUCCUCCGGCGGCACUUUGCAGUCUUCUUCAACAGCAGCAACAACAACAACAACAACAACAACAACAAUCACCAAUGAACCAAUCGCAACCAACUGGCACGAACAACAACGCGCGACCACACAGGCCAUCCUCGCUGGACAUCGGUAUGACACGACGCUGUCCUGUCAGCUGUACACGAGCCACCACUAUUUCAACGGCUAAUUCAGCCAUCCCUUCUUCAGCACCAGCCGCGUGCACAACACGCGGUUUCUUCGACGAUUGCACGGGACCAAGCGACGCGAAUUGCGCGAACAAAGUUCCGAACGCGGCCAACGAGCCAGCUGGAUUCGAGCUGAACGUGAACGUUGCCUGUAGUCCUGCUGGUAAUCGCGACUUUCGAACGGUACCUACGAUUGCUGGUGCCUGUAAACGAACCGAUCUCGUCCUCGAUCCACCAACGCAUUACGCAGAGUCUUUAUUGAACGUGGAGAAGACGGGGCCGCAGAUCGAUCAUACUCGAAGCUACACGUCGGUUAGCCUGACGUUGAGGCCACCAUCCUCGGAACCACAACCACCGAUCGACAUAAGAUCGCAGGGCUCGAGUUUGACUUACUCGAGCUCUUCCUUGGAUCCUCGGGGUUUUCAAAGUCGUCUACAAAUCAGCAUCGGCGCAGGAGCCGUUGGCAGUGUAGCGGCUGCAAGGAUAAGACCGCCGAUGGGCUCCAACAGGCUCAACAGGCCCAACAGCUUGAUACCACCGGUACAACAAACCGGUCCGCAAAGGCCACCAGGUCUUCCAGUAGGACCACCUAGUCAAUUACCAAGGCCGACGACGACGAUGAGCGCCCCAACCACACCCUCCGUUCCAUCGACAACCAACAUCGUUCCUCCUACAACAAGCCUUCCAACCACACCGUCAGCACCGACAACGACGACCUCGCCACCCUCUAGUCCCGUUGGCGAACGGAUACAAACCAAUUCCGAUCAGAAUCGAUCGCCUUUCAAUCAAGUGGCGGAGCACCAAAGGAAAUUGGUUGCAGAACAAUUAGCUAGAAAAGACAAACUCGCCAGGGAAUUGAAGGCCGAGAAAGGACGACUCGAAGCGAUGAAGAAGGAGCUGCAAUCUCUCUCGAGGCCCUUCGACUCUUCGAUGCCGCCUCAAGAGUUAAAGAAAAAAUUAAGAAGCGAGAUAUAUCAAUUGCAAGUAGAGUGCGAUAGACUCGCGGAAGAAGUGGAUCGCUGGUCGGAUCUAAGAGUGCCGUUGGGUGAAACAAACGAAAAAUUUUAUCAGCACAUUUACACAGGUCAGCCCUUACCCUCCAGGGCUACCAGUUCGAAUCCACCUCCUCCUUUACCAAGCCAGCCACCUGCCUGGCAACCAGAACUCACCGGAAACAACGACACGGACGAACGAGACGGCCCUUCUUGGAUCUGCAGAAUGUGUACGUUUAAGAAUCAUCCGUUGAUGAACAAAUGCGAGCAGUGCGACAUGCCCAGGCUAUUGGAUCACGGAAAUACAGCUGUCUUGUCUUUUUACGCAUUAUACUUAACACAAGUUGACGAUCACGCAACAAAAAGGUUUAUGGAUAGAAAUUGGCGAAACGCAAGAUAUUCAUAUACGAGUUACGCAUCAUCACAACUUUUCACCAAGUCGAACGGUGCACAGUUGGGUGGUAUGACGCGAACUGCAUUAGAAAUUUGAAAAACUGUAUAUAAAAUCAUUAUUUAAAUUAAAUAAAAAGUCGUAAUUGACAGAGUACGAAAGAAAAGCACAAAUUUCAAUGAUUAAAUUCAGUGUAAGUUUUUUUUUUUCAUCAUUAUUUUUAUUUUUAUUAUUAUUAUUAUUAUUAUUAUUAUUAUUAUUAUUAUUAUUGACGGUGAUGUUACAUUAUAUUCAAAAGUAAUAUACUUUAGUAAUAAUUGAAUAUACAUAUAUAUAAACUGAAUCUGAAUUUAAAGAUCGCAAUCACCGUGACACGAAAUGUACCAUCUGCACUUAUAAUUACUAAAUAAUACCAACGACUUAUCAGUAGUUUGACACCUAUUUGUAUCAGUUUUGACAUACUAUUUAAAAUACAAGUUAUUUGUAGUAA